AUGAUGGAUUCACCACUGGAAAAAGCUCGACGAAUAUUCCAUAUUGAAAAUCGUACUGUUGUUAAUUGUUUAUCUGAAUUCUAUGGUUCAUUAUUGCUACUGUUUAUCGGUAUUAGUAUAGUGCAUCAAUUCGAUUUAUCGCAUGGACGAUUGAAUACAUGGAUGCAAAUCAAUCUUGGAUGGGGAUUUACGAUUAUGUUAUGUGUGUACACCUGCUCUAAAACAUCAGGAGGGCAUUUGAAUCCAGCAAUUUCGCUUAUGUUUUACACUCUUGGGAAACUGCCUCUUUCACAUGUUUUCUACUACAGCAUCGCGCAAAUUCUUGGCGCUUUUAUUGGCACAGCAUUUGCAUAUACUGUCUAUUUAGAUCAAACUCAUCAUGUUUUGGGUGAUCUUCGCAUUGCAUCAGGUCCAAAUGGUACAGCGACAUUAUUUACUUCAAUGCCCGCACCUCAUGUCUCAAAUACGAUCGCAUUUUGGGAUCAAGUAAUUAGCAUAAUUAUUAUAUUCUAA